AUGGUGUCGACAAUCGGUGGCCCUUCUACUGUCGCCGCUACUGCGACCACGGUUGGCGCAACUGAUGCGACCCAGCUGUUCAUCAACACCACGCUUGACUCAUGUGCCCUUAAGUAUGAAGAGUUCGUUAUACCGACUACAGUUCCUUACUGCAAUUGGACGUGGGACAGCAUACUGUGCUGGCCACCGACGCCAGCCAACUUGACAAUAAGACAGCGAUGCCCUCCAGCACACGGAAUCGAUACCUCAAAGUUCGCCGAACGACGAUGCAGCGCCGAGGGCCAGUGGGAGGGCAAACCGGGCUCCCCGGCGACCCUCGUCGGAUGGACCAACUAUACGCCCUGUUACAGCCCGGAAGUUAUACAACUGUUUAGGAAACUGUACGCCGGCGGCAGCGACGACGACGCGAAUAUCAAAAUCGACAUAGCCGAACGGACGCGCACGCUGGAAACGGUUGGAUUUAGUCUUUCACUCGUAGCGUUAAUAAUUUCAUUGAUAAUAUUUUGCAAGUUUAGGGGUUUACGUAACAACCGGACGAGAAUACAUAAAAAUCUAUUCGUUGCCAUGGUGAUACAGGUGGUGAUCCGCCUGACAUUGUACAUCGACCAAGCGAUCAUACGCAGCGGCGGCAAAAAGUUUGGUAACGAAAGCUCCCGACAAGGAAUCGAUAACACUCCAUUCCUCUGCGAAGCCUCGUACGUGCUGCUCGAGUACGCCAGGACCUGCAUGUUUAUGUGGAUGUUUAUAGAGGGACUAUAUUUACACAACGUAGUGACGGUGACGGUAUUCCAGGGAAGGUUUCCACAUACGCUUUACGCCGUCGUGGGCUGGGGUGGACCGGUCGUGCUGACCGUCAUCUGGGCCAUCACAACCGCGCAGUACAUCCGGCAGCAGAAAUGCUGGUGGGGAUACAACUUGACGCCUUAUUACUGGAUUUUGGAAGGUCCAAGACUAGCAGUAGUCGUGUUGAAUUUUAUAUUUUUACUAAAUAUUAUAAGGGUCCUGAUCGUUAAGCUGCGCCAGAGCCACACUAGCGAUGUCGAGCAGGUCCGUAAGGCGGUCCGGGCGGCAGUUGUCCUCGUGCCACUGCUUGGAAUCACCAACAUACUUAACAUGACCCAGGCACCACUCGAUAAGACGGCGCUCGAGUUUGCCAUCUGGUCGUACGUGACGCACUUCCUUACCUCUUUCCAGGGGUUCUUCAUCGCGCUGCUCUACUGCUUCCUGAAUGGCGAGGUCCGCACGGCGCUGAUGAAGAGUAUAAGCGUGUAUCUGUCGCUGCGUGGUCACCACGAUUGGGCGAUUCGUAGGCAGUCGCUCUUUUCCGCCGGCUAUCCGACGGUUCCGGCCAACGAGGCACCAAACGCUGGAGAAUCUAAUCGAAACACCAACCGUAAUGCGACCAUCAACAACAACCUCCUAGCCAGUGCCACCAAUCACACCGCCAACGGGGGCGCGGCCAACGCGGCGAAUGGCCGGUCCGGAGCCGGCUGGUUCCGCCGUUGCUUUGUAGUACAAAAAAAUGCCAACCCGUCCGCCCCGGAGCCGGCACCGCCUGAGUCAGUUGUAUUUGAUAUUUCCGAUUAGCGAGCUGCUCCCACCCGUUCUGUUGAAGUGAACUGACGGUAUUUCUGUUUAUGUGUUCUUUUGGAAUCUGGUCCUAUUUUCAUCCAACACUUCUUAAGUUCAACCUGUCGAUUGUAUUUUAUUUUCGUCGCUCUACUAAACUUACUCUAGUCUAGUACCCCGUUGUUCUCAAAACAAAUCUCUCAUGUCCUUUGCAGAACCAGCGUGUGAUGGCGCCCUUACCGGAACCACGGGGUGCGCCCGUUCGCACUCGCAGCACAUUAAUCCAAGAGACUCUAUAAGAAAACCGUAAAGCUUUACCUGCAUGACCGAGCGUCACCAGGAACCGGAAACUGCUAUCAGGGUAGCAAGCGCACCAAUCGAUUACAUUACACUACCUAGCGGGCAUGCAGCGGGAUGCAUGUCAAUGUAGGAAAAGAUUAAACUAUAAAACGAUUUUACAAACGGAGAAAACAUAUGCACUCGCAUUGCAGCUGCAUUGACAACGGCGUGACAAUUUGUUCCGAAAAGCAGACCUACUUUUUAAGCCCCGUUCGGGCGGGAAGAAUGCACAAAACACACAAGAAUCAAAUUAUUUCGAACGUACGAACCAGUUACGAUAUACAGACUCCGCGCACCGGCGAGGUUUAAAUGCUUGUUACUGGCCCAUUUGAUGCCCAUUAUAUACACAUUACAACAGAAGGAUAUACAUACACAAAGUAAAUAUUUUAUGAUAACAGAACCGGAGAGAGGGGUUGCCUCUCGCAGGUGGAACACUAUGUCGAUUGUUUUUUGUCGAUUUCGUAUCUGUUAUAGCUAGGGUAAGAGGGACAUACCCGCAGUGCCAGG